GUGACGUCGACGUGCGUGCAGGCGGCUGCGUCGGGCUGCAGGAGAAGAUGGCGGUGUCCACAGGAGUUAAAGUUCCUCGUAAUUUUCGCUUGUUGGAAGAACUUGAAGAAGGACAAAAAGGAGUAGGCGAUGGUACUGUUAGCUGGGGCCUUGAAGAUGAUGAAGAUAUGACACUUACAAGGUGGACAGGCAUGAUUAUUGGGCCACCAAGGACAAAUUAUGAAAACAGAAUAUAUAGCCUGAAAGUAGAAUGUGGACCUAAAUACCCAGAAGCUCCUCCAUCAGUAAGAUUUGUAACCAAAAUUAAUAUGAAUGGAAUAAAUAAUUCCAGUGGAAUGGUGGAUGCACGAAGCAUACCAGUGUUAGCAAAAUGGCAAAAUUCAUAUAGCAUUAAAGUUGUACUUCAAGAGCUAAGACGUCUAAUGAUGUCCAAAGAAAAUAUGAAGCUUCCACAGCCACCAGAAGGACAAACAUACAACAAUUAAUUUUAGUGGAUCUCAAACUUGUCUUAAAUCAACAACCUUCUACUCAUGUUAAUGUCUUGAUUAAAUAUCACAAUGCAAAAUACCCACACAUUAAGUAAAAGAAUUCCAGCUGGUAAACAUGACCUGGACAUUUGUAAGAAUAUAUUUAAUAUAUGUACACCCAUUAUUUUUUCAGGUAACAGGAGGAAAAAUGCAGCACAAUUUUUUUUCUCUUGUUAAGGCACUGUCAUUUAAGUAUAAACCUGGAGUACUCAAAAUAGGAUUCAGGUUUACCAGGUGAAAGCAUGGCAAGAAGUGUCAGAUGGCUGUGGAAGCGUGUGUUUCUAAAAAGUACAAAUCUGAAGAAGGAAAACAAGUGGCAUGCUUUAUCCAUCUUAGUGAAAGAGCUUCAGUUUAAGUUGUCUAAACUAGCAGGUACAAUGAAUAUUGUCACAAAUUGUGUUAACUUUUGAGGCGGUGUGGGUGCUGACUACUAGUAGUAUCAAAAAUACGUUCAAGAUUGUUUUGAUAUCUGUAUUUAUAAUAAAAAAAUGUGGGGGAGGCCGGUGAAUUUGUUAAAAGCCGUUCCUAUGUUACAUGUAACAGACAUGGUAAAUAUUUGUUUACAGUCUUGUUUGAUAAACCAUGCAUUUAAGUGAAAUCAACAAAAAGGAAAUAGGUGUAUGGCUAUGUGAGUUUGAGAUUAAAGUUAGUCUUAAAAUGUAAAUAAAAUGUGGAAUGUGUCCUCAGAAACUGUGCCAUUUCUAUUAUAUUGAUGUGGUAUAUGUAUAGUACCUUACUGAGGUAGCAAAAAUUAGAAUUAUUGUAGCUUUUCAUGUAUACACACCUUUUAUUAUUUAUCCUAUUUUGUAUACCUCUUGUGAAUUGGAAUUUACAGAGUAUUGCAUAGAACAAAUUAAUUUCUUUGGAGAAGGAAUAAUCCGAGGUGUCUUAUGUUUUGAAUUUGAUUUCACUAGAAAUAUUACUAAAAAGAUGUUUAGCUUAUAGCAGUUUUUACAGAAAAAUAGACUGCAGAUUAUCCAGGUAUACAUUCCAUUUUUUUCUUAGUAAUAUCUUUUUAUUUCCCUAUGACAUUUUCUCCCCUAAUGUUUUUAACACUAACUGGGAUUAGUUUUAUCCAGUUCCACUUAUCUUCCACUUUGGCAAAUACAUAAUUAUGAAUUGAAAGUUCAUUUAUGUUAUGCUUUUACCAAAGGGACUUAAGGGUUUUAGUUCACUGUUUUCCAUUUCAAAGCACUGGGUAUAAUACUUUUUAAAAAUAACUUUCAUGAAUUCACUUAAGAAAAUAGGUGGUCAGGUAACAAGGACAAAUUUCUCAAACAUGCCCUGACAUGUUUUUAUCAAGUUCAUUCAAAGUUAAAGCUCUGAGCUACCUUUUCUUGCUCAAUAAUACAUUAGAUUCAGUGACAGUUCAUCUAAAACUGAUUUCAACAUGGCUAAUUAUCAAGGAUAUUUAAAAUGCUUAAAAGUGACACAUAGAGAAUAUAUACAUACAAAUUAGUGCAUGUGUAAUUUAUUAAAAUAAGUUUGAAAUGAACUAUUAUCUUGGAAUAUAUUCUUAAAACUUUAAAUGGUUGAAGAUUAAGUUGAAUUAUAUUGAUGUCAUAUAUAAGAGUCUGAUGUUUAUUUAUGGUCUUAAUCAGCCUCUCUAAUUUCUUUUCCACUUUGAAAAUGUGUCUUGUCAUAUAUGGGCACUGAUAACCAUUUGAAUGCUGUUAAAUUAUUUAUAUCUGUGGGCUGAGAGUGGGUACCAUAAUCCAUUUUCCUCUUUCCUUUCCCCAUGCCCACUGUUGAGGAUGGUUUAUUCCCCCAAGUAUAUAUAGUUUGAGUUGGCUCUAUAAUGUUCAUUUCCCCUCUUGUUUUGGGGACUAUGGAUCUCUGCAGAAGUCUGCAUGCCAGUUAGCCCAUUUCCAAAGCAGAAUCCAUUAUGCAUGUCACAAUCAAGAUGUACACAACAAUCUAAGACACACUGGUUGUUUAUAGGAAGAAUUAAUGCAGAGUUGCUCUUACAGUAACAUUUCUAGGAGCAGUUUUGAAGCUGUUCUUCCCUUUGUCUGUUUUGUGAAGUGGCUAAGGUUGUAGGAGCAUGUGUAUAAAAUGAACUGUAAAGUUGCCUUCGGAAUUUGUUUAAAAGGCCAUCAGGUGAGACCCUAGGGAAUGAUCAUAUAGUAGUAUAAGAUAACAAAAAUAAAAUUCUUGCCCUAUUAGAUCAGUGUUAUGCUUUAAUGGCUUUAAUUACUUUCUAAUUUUCAAUAUUGCUUAGAUUCUUUUUUUUCCCUGGUAUUUUAAAGUAAUGGCAUUUGUAACGGGUUUUUUGUGUGACUUUUCAGGACUGGGACAAACAUUUGUAAGGAUAGUCAGUGGUAUUUGAAUCUUUUGGGUGUAAUAUAGAAAAAAUUACAAUAUAAAAUUACCCUUUAAAAAGAAUUUGGCACAUUUCAAAUUUGAAUAAGUGCUUGGAGAGUGAAUUACUUUCUUGCAUAUGGUUUAUUAGUGUGGGUUACUUAAUACCAAUUCAUUGAUUUAAAUACUUCCCAGUUAAUACAUAUUGUUAUUGAUAAAUACAUGUGAAGCCCUUACUUUGAAAAUUUACAGGACACAGCUGGGAAAUUUCACUAAUGCAUUUUCCUUGAUAGAUUUGCUGUGUAUGUGCUUGGGUGGUUUUGGUAGGUGCAUCAUGGAAUUACAGAUUUUUGGCCAAAACUGUAUUGACUCUUAAUGCACUGUGUUCUCACAUAGAUUUUAAAGAAUGUAAGUGCUGAUGAUGAAGUCUGGUAUCAUUAAAGAUUGUUUUUUCCUGAU